UCCUGAGCCUCAAACUCUCAUUCCAGUUCAGAGAAGCUCACAAAGCAGAAACAUGGGAACGCUGCUUUUCGUCUUAUUAACCCUGGAUCGUUUUUCUGCUUUAAGUGGUUUUCUGGUGGCUCACAGUAACAAAGGCUUGUGCCUGAGCACACAAAGGAGUGUGGUGGUCCUGAGGAGGUGCGAUGAGAUGAACCCGUCCCAGCAGUGGGUCUGGGCCAGUGGCUGGAGACUCAAUCACACACUGAUGUCCAGAUGUCUGUGGGCCGAUCCGAGCAGUGCCGUCCCGCGUCACGCUCGUCUGGUCAAGCUCAGCGACUGCCAGACGGCCCCGGCCUGGAGCUGCUACGAGCCCCAAGGGGUCUUUGGACUGGCAGAGACAGCCAUGUUCCUGAAGAAACAGGGCGAGAGGGUUGUGGUCCGCUUUGGGCAGCGGUAUUCGAACUGGUCCAUGAUGACGCUGGACUCUGAGGGGAGACCGGUAUCCUCGUCUCUCUGUCCAUCCACAGGCCCGUCCACGGUUUCAACGAUGAACUCCAAAGGUGAAAUGACCACUCUGACAGUCCCCGUCAUUACUCAGAGCAGAGCGGUGACCCACCACAGUAACACAGUCAGGAGCAGAACCAAACGCACUGCUACAACCGGUCUAGCUGAUCCAACCACAUUCACUGCCAAAACAGACUUUCAGGAGAAUGAGACUCAAACGCUCGAGACCGAAUCUCCCUACGAGAUGAGCGAUACUACAGAUGAGUCCUCCACUGCUCUGAUGGUCACCAGAACUCUUCGAGCACCUCAGAACUUCACCCAGAAUAGAGUUGACGUGACAGAGACCGCCUCAGAUGUGACAGAGCAGACAUCUCAGACAGAGUUGGCUGUCUCCACAACGGACACUGAGCCUUCGGGUUCCUCUGACUUUCACACAGAACCGUCUGAAGCUCAAAACACUGAUGCAGAUCCUGCGCUGACCGAGAGCUCGACCAGCAGUUUCCCAGUGUCACACACAGAUGGGGUAUGGACAAACGCCACCACCAGAAGCUCAAGGGUCCUUAAAGAUGUUCAGACCAUGUUGCCAUUUAAAACGAGAACGACCCGAGCCAUCACUGAUGAUUUUGCCAGUACAGAUACUAGAGCUAUUCCCAAUACAGCUACCAGCUCUGCUAAAACUACAGAGCACGCGACCACCAGCCCUGCAGUCCUGUACACAUCUACAGACGCGUACACAUCAGCUGCUUACACAACUACUGUGGCUCCAGCUACUACUGUAGAAACCAUCCCCAGCACUGCUGCUCUGAGCACAGGGACCUCAGCUCCUCCAUCCACUGCUACUCUGACCACGGCCUCUACGACAAAGCUUGUAACGACGGAGGCCGUCAGGUGUCUGGUGAAUGUGACUGCAGUCAGUAUUCAUGUGGAUUACUGCGUGUUGAAUUUCACCACACCUGGCAAAUCCUGCAGCUUCGUCAUGACUGAUGCUUCUCACUUCACAAGGUGUUCUGAAGACGUGAAGCAGCUCAGACAUCACACAUGCCUGAUGAUGGGGCUGACUCCCGGCACUAUCUAUUCGUUUGGAGUCGUUUCUGAGACAGAUGCUGCAUGCUUCAACAUUACAGUUCAAACCGCUCCUGCUCCGGUCUCAUCACUGACUCUUCAGAGCUACGGCAGUCAGGGCUCACUUAAAGCCGUCUGGACUCCUGCUGUCGGACACGUGGAGUCCUACCAGCUCUCUCUGUCUUCCUCCAUCUCUUCAGAACAGGACCUUACACUGCCACCUAACUCUACUCAGUGGGUUUUUAGUGGCUUAACACCUGGAAAAGCUUAUCAAGUGUUGGUGAAGACCAAGAGUGGAGAGCUAAAAGCUGAGACCAGGACAACAGGGAGAACAGCUCCAGGAUGGGCGACUCAUCUCCAGCUGGAGGCCCUCAAUGAGAAGAACCUACGCUUGUCCUGGUCUCCUCCUGCUGGUGACUGGGAUUUCUACCGUGUUCUGCUGUUCAACGGCUCGUCUGUGCUGAUGAAUCGGACGGUGGAUCGGAGUCUGGUGGAGUUCAGCUUCACGAGCUGGAUUCUGGUUCCAGGUCGUCUGUAUAGAGCUGCUGUGAAUGUGGAGAGCGGAAAUCUGAGCUCCACCGCCGACUGCCACGGGAGAGUAGCUCCCCGGUCUGUUCAGAGGCUGAGUGUCCGUCACAGCACUGAGACCUCGCUGAGCGCUAUGUGGAGCCAUCCCUUCGGUGAGUGGGACAACUACACCGUCCUGCUAAAGAACGGAGACGGCACUCUGGACACACGGACAUUAGCCCAUGACAUGCAGGAGUGCAGUUUUAAUAACCUGCUGCCUGGACACACCUAUACGAUCACCGUGAUGACCAACAGUGGAGAUUUAAGCAGUUCGGCACGCGUCACAGGAAGAACCGUCCCUGCGCAGGUCACCCAGCUGCAGGUCAGUAAUCAGGGCAGCACAGACGCUCUGCAGGUACGCUGGGAUGGGGCGGCCGGCGCGCUGGAUCUGUACCGCCUGCUCCUCAUCCACGACAGCGUGGUCAUGAAGAACGAGAGUGUGCCGCCCAACGUCACCUCCUACCACUUCCAGGGCCUGAGGUCUGGCACUCUGUACAGGACUGUGCUGACCACAGUGCACAGGGGCGAAACCUCACGCCAGACGGUGGCUGAUGGCCGCACAGUUCCGGCCGCAGUGAGAGACGUGACGGUGAGCAACAACGGCCGUAUGGACUUCCUGAGCGUGUCCUGGAGAGCAGCGGAGGGAGAUGUGGACAACUACUCGGUCACUCUGAGAGACCAGGAGAGAACCCUUCACACCCUCACUGUGUCCAGACUCACUACCGAGUGUGUCUUUAAGUCUCUGGUGUCUGGACGCCUCUACAACAUCUCCAUCAGCACCCGCAGUGGACAGUACGAGAACCACACUGUGGUCCAGGAGCGCACACAACCUGCCACGGCCUUGAACCCAACAGCCACACACAUGGCUCGUGACGACCGUCUGAAGGUGUACUGGCGGCACGCCGCUGGAGACUUUGACUACUAUCACGUCUCCAUCAAGCACAAUAACAUCUUCCAGCACAACAAGACUGUGCCUAAGACUCAGAACGAGUGUGUGUUCAGUGGGCUGGUGCCAGGCCGACUCUACACCGUGAUUGUCAGCACGUGGAGCGGGAAAUACGAGUCCAGCGUCUCAACUCAUGGAAGGACAUUGCCGGCAGGAGUGCAGAACUUGACUCUGGCUGACAGUGGUACAGAGGAUCUGCUGGUGACUUGGGUUUCUGCUCCUGGAGAUGUGGAUCACUAUGAGGUUCAGCUGCUCUUUAAUGACAUGAAGGUGUUUCCUCCGAUCACACUAACCAGCAGCACCAACAGAUACCUGCUAUCUUCACUCACUCCUGGAAGACUCUACAAAAUUGUGGUGUCCACCUACAGUGGGCCAAACCUCAGUGUGCAGUUUAUCAAAGGCAGAACGGCUCCUAGUAAAGUGAAGAACAUUCAUAUCAGUAAUGACGGUCAGAGCAACAGUCUUAGAGUGAACUGGACGCCGGGACGGGGCGAUGUGGACCGCUACGCUGUAUCACUGUCCGAGAUAAGCAGUCAGGCUGAGGAGAGACCAGUCCCUAAACAUGUGAAUGAGAUCAGUUUCCAGGGUCUACUGCCCGGACAACAGUACAUGAUAACUGUUACAUCAGUCAGUGGAUCGCUGAUCAAUAACAGCACAGCAACAGGACGAACAGUGCCCUCCUCUGUGAGCGCUCUUCAGGUGGAGAACCAGCGCAGCACGUCCAGUCUGCUGGUGUCAUGGCAGGCAGCUCGAGGGGUGUUUGACGCCUAUCGCCUGCAGCUGCUGGAUGAGCGAGGAUCUCUGGUGGACAACAGCUCUAAAGCUGCAGGCGCCAACCAGCAAUACUUCAGACAGCUCACCCCUGGAAAAAAAUAUCGUAUUGCGGUGCAAACCAUCAGCGGAGGAAUCAGCAGCAAAGCUGUCAUUGUUGAGGGCAGAACCUGUCCAGCAACCGUUAAUAACCUGUUCAUUGUGAGCAACACAACCACAAACCUGUCGUUUCGAUGGGCUGUGCCAGAUGGGGAGUUUGAAGGAUUCAGUGUUAUUCUGUAUACUGGAGACGGAAGCUUGCAGAUUCAGAAAAAAGAAAUGAUGAACAUACAGGACUGUUCUUUCCAAAACCUUCAACCUGGGACUCAGUACAAGGUGGUGGUUCUGACCCACAGUGGGGAUCAGACCAAUGAAACAUCCAUCUGGGCCCGGACAGUUCCUGCAGCUGUAACUUUGUUGCACGCCGACAGCAGAAGAAGCUCUGAGAGUCUGUGGUUGAGCUGGAAACUUCCUGGGGGUGAAGUGAGCAGCUACACCCUCCUGAUCUACAACCCUGAUGGGACUCAAGAAGCUGAGCAGAGCGUGGGCCCGGAGAGCAGGAACUACACAUUUCAAAGGCUGGUGGCUGGGCGACUGUAUCAGGCUGUGGUCCUUACACACAGUGGAGAUCUCACCAACAUGGCAACCACUACUGGCAGGACCGACCCUAGGCCACCUGUCUCGUUCUCCUUUGGAGAAAUCACGAACAUCUCACUGGAGAUCACCUGGAGCAGUCCAGAAAACACAGAUUAUGAUGACUUUGACCUUCAGUGGAGCCCCAGGGACCAUCUGUCAGUGUUCAACCCCUACCACAGCCCCACAUCCAGAAACCGUAUUCUGAAAGGCAUGUACCCCGGCCGCAAAUAUAACAUCAGCCUGCGUACGGUCAGCGGCGCCAGAACCAGCAGCCCUUCCUACAGCCUUCCGGUCUACAGGAGCAUCAGGACAAAGCCGGAGCGUGUUCAGAGUCUGCACUGCCGUCCUCAGAACUCCACCGCCAUCUCCUGUUCAUGGAGUACCCCAGAAGCUGACUUUGACUCAUACACCAUUGAGUGUUUGAGAAAGGACCCUCAGACAAUGGUGUACUCUCAGCGCACAGUCAAAGAAAACACUGUCUAUCUGAUCAAAGAUCUGGAGCCUCAUAAGCAGUACAUUGUCUUUGUCAAAGUCAUAUCAGACAGCAUGACCAGCGAGGCAGUCAUGGAGAAUGUGGUCACGAUGAUAGACCGUCCACCUCUGCCCUCGACCCGGAUCGAUGAGAAUACAGUUAAGCUUACCAAGUCAACCAUAUUCUUCCAGUUCAACUGCAGCUGGUUCAGUGAUAUCAAUGGGGCUGUGAAAUUCUUCACCAUCAUUGUAUCCGAAUCUGAUGACAGUGAAUACCAGCAGCCAUAUCAGCAUCAUCCUUUUCCUUCAUACCUGGACUACAGAUCUAACAGCUCUGUCAAAGCAUAUCAGACCAGCUACUUUCCCAGCCACUGCGAUGAGAGUCAGAGCACAAUACAGGAGUUUGAAAUCCACCUUGGAUCAGGCAUGGAGAGUUUGGGAGGACGAUGUGAUCAGAAACCAUUGACUGAUGCGUUUCAACAACAGGCCAUCUUCUGCGAUGGGCCUCUGAAACCCAAGACAGCAUACAGACUCAGUGUUCGAGCGUUUACAAAACUUUUUGAUGAGGAUCGUGAAGAGUUUCUCUCUCCGCUCUAUACAGAUACAUAUCUGUCCAAGCCCUUCAUCACUGAUGCAGAGCCAUUGAGCGGGGUCAUUGAAGGGGUCAGUGCUGGACUCUUCCUCAUCGCCACCAUGGUGGGAUUAAUUGUUCUGCUGAUCUGCAGACAGAAAGUCCACAAAAUGAGUGCACAAGAGCCUGUGGUCAGAAUGAGUUUGAGAAGAGAAAGGCAGCCCUCAGGAAGUCACGUCAUUGUUAGAGGGAACCGCCGUGUCUCAAGUCCCAUCGGCAUUCCUAAUUUUGAGUUACAUUUAGCUAAACUUCGGGCAGACUCCAAUUAUCUCCUCUCUGAGGAAUAUGAGGACCUGAAGGAUGUUGGUCGUAACCAACCUCAAGACGCAGCAUUAUUGCCUGAAAACAGAGGCAAAAAUCGCUACAACAAUAUACUGCCUUAUGAUUCUACGCGGGUGAAGCUGUCCUAUGUUGAUGACGACUCCUGCUCAGAUUAUAUUAAUGCCAGUUAUAUCCCUGGCAAUAACUUCAGACGGGAGUAUAUAGCCACUCAGGGUCCUUUACCUGGCACUAAAGAUGAUUUCUGGAAGAUGGUCUGGGAGCAGAACGUGCACAACAUAGUUAUGGUGACACAAUGUGUUGAGAAAGGAAGGGUGAAGUGUGACCAUUACUGGCCAUUUGAUCAGGAGCCUCUAUACUAUGGGGAUCUGGUCGUCCAGAUGCAGUCUGAGUCUGUGCUGCCCGAGUGGACCAUCCGAGAAUACAAGAUCUGCAACGAGGAGCAGCUGAGCUACUCCAGAGUGGUGCGCCAGUUUCACUACACCGUGUGGCCCGACCACGGCGUCCCAGAGAUCACGCAGUCGCUCAUACAGUUUGUGCGGACCGUGAGAGAUUAUAUCAACCGGACGCCCUUCUCCGGAGCCACCGUAGUGCACUGCAGUGCCGGAGUGGGCCGCACCGGAACCUUUAUCGCUCUAGACCGAGUGCUUCAGCAGCUGGACACCAGAGACACGGUGGACAUCUACAGCGUUGUGUUCGAUCUGAGGCUUCAUCGCACACACAUGGUGCAGACGGAGUGUCAGUACUCAUACCUCUAUCAGUGUGUGCGGGACGUGCUCCGUGCCAGAAAACUGCGCAGCGAACAGGAAAACCUCUUGUAUCCCAUCUAUGAAAAUGUGCAUCCAGAUUACCACAGAGACGUGGUCUGCUCCAAACGCUGACGCGGGUGCAUGAAAAAGAAACCGAACACUUUAAAGUCAAGCACAUGUAAAAAUGUAUUUGAAAAUGAAUUUAAGGUAAUAUGCUAUGUGUAUGCCUAGAUGUAACAGAAUUAUAUCAUGUACAUAUAUUAUUCAAUAUUAAUUCAUAAUAUAAUGCGCAUCACUAAUUAAAUGUUGUAGCUUAUUUUAUAUUAAUUAAAAUGUUAAAAAAGCAAAAUUAUUGUCUGUUUCCCUGUACAGAUUACGCAGUCAAGUCACCUUUAUUUCUAUAGAGCUUUAUUCAAUAAAGAUUGUGUUGAAGUUGUGUUAAACAUGCAGAAUCAGUUAAGGAAACUCUAUAGAGACGGUUAUGAAGCAGGACACAGCAGUGUCAUUAUUGAGUGUUUCGUUAAAAUCAAUAAAAAAGUUAAUCAAUCAUAAACAGUU